AUGCCUCACAAGCACAAGCGCCGCCAGAAUGACGAGACAACCUUCAACCUCCCACCAACAGAGCUCGCCAAACCUCUUCCCGUGCGCGACCCGAAACUGAAGAAAGGCGGGCCAGCAAAGAAUAAGCAGACGCAGCAGAAGAACCAGCAAGAGCAAACGUCGGAGAACACCAAAAAGUCCAAAAAAGCAAAGGGACAGCGCCAAAAUGACUUGGCAGAUGAUACCCCGAAAGCAUUCCGUCGACUCAUGCAGUUCCAAACGACCGGUCAGCGCACGCCGUCCGGGCUAGAUACAGGGAAGAAACAGCAACAACAACAAAAGAAAGACAAUAUUCAGGGUUCCGAAGGAAACAACAAGAAGCGAAAGCGAGAGGAUACCAAAAAUGAAGCCGACAAGAGCAAGACCAAAGACACCGUGUCCGCGCAGGAAAUGCCCAAGAUCCUACCCGGUGAAAAGCUCUCCGAUUUCGCGGCACGGGUAGACCGCACGCUCCCACUGUCUGCUAUGAAAAAAUCAAUCGCGCCCGGAGUUGGCAAGAUGCGCGAGGAUAGACAGACGAGACACGAGAAGCAUUUACGGCGGCUCCAGCAGGGGUGGCGCGAGGAAGACGCGCGGAUCCGGGAGCGUGAGCAGGCCGAGAGAGAAGAACGCGAGUCGGAGAUGGAAGAACAGUUGCGGUUAUGGAAGGAGUGGGAGGCUGAAGCUGGGGCGGGGAAGAAGAAGAAGGCCGCUGCUUCUGCUGCUGGGAAGAAGAGAAAGAAGGGUAAGAAUAACCGCACUGCUGCUGGCGGGGAUGAUGAGAUGGGGGGCCAUGUCAGCGACGAUGAUGACCCGGAUCCAUGGGCGAAGCUGAAGAAACGGGACCGCGAGCGCAAGGCCAAUCCGUUUGACGUUGUGCAGGCGCCGCCGCAGCUUACGAAACCGAGGGAGAUAUUCAAAGUGCGCGGCGGGGCCAAGGUCGAUGUUGCGAAUGUGCCUGCUGCCGUGGGGAGUUUGAGGCGUCGGGAGGAAUUGGCUGGGGAGAGAAGGACUAUUGUCGAGGAGUAUCGGCGACUGAUGGCAGAGAAGCGAGGGUGA